AUGAGUUGGAUUUGGACUCUAACAUCUAAAUAUUAUUUAUGCCAUGCUAUCCUUAUCAUUUCCCAUCCUUCACUUUCAUCCAUAAAUAAUGCUCCCUUUCACUUAUCAUCACUUGACCGGCUCGAGUUUCUGUUGCUGAAGAAUUCUUUGAUAGCCGAAAAGAGCAAAGUUUUAAUCAUUGGAGGCACCGGAUACAUCGGGAAAUUCAUAGUUGAAGCCAGUGCAAAAGAGGGUCAUCCCACUUUUGCUUUAGUAAGAGAGAGUUCCGUUUCAGAUCCUGUUAAAGGAAAGCUUGUUGACAACUUCAACAACUUAGGGGUCCAACUGUUGUACGGGGAUCUCCACGAUCAUGAGAGUUUGGUUAAGGCUAUAAAGCAAGUUGAUGUGGUGAUAUCUGCUGUGGGUGAAAUGCAAUUGAAAGAUGAAGCUAAGAUCAUUUUUGCCAUUAAAGAAGCUGGGAAUGUCAAGGUUAGUGUUGCCCACUUAGCUGGGAUUAUUAGUAAGAUUAUUAUAAUGUAUAGAUUUUUCCCUUCGAAUUUCGGAAACGAUGUUGACAGGGUUCAUGCCAUUGAACCGGCAAAAACAGCAUUUGCUACAAAGGCUCAAAUCCGUCGUGUUAUUGAGGCAGAGGGAAUCCUUUACACUUAUGUGGUCAGUAACUGCUUUGCAGGUUAUUUUCUUACCGGUUUAGCACAGCCAGGAGCCACUGUUCCCCCACGAGACAAGGUGGUUAUCCCGGGUGAUGGAUAUCCUAAAGCUGUUUUCAACUACGAAGGUGAUAUCGGCACAUACACAAUCAAAGCUGUUGAUGACCCCAGAACAUUAAACAAGAUCCUAUAUAUUAAGCCUCCUAAAAACACCUACUCAUUCAAUGAGCUUGUUGCUUUGUGGGAGAAAAUGAUUGGCAAAACACUCGAGAAAACUUAUGUUCCUGAAGACCAAUUUGUCAAACAGAUUCAAGAGGCUCCAUUUCCGAACAAUGUUUUAUUGGCAAUCGAACAUUCCGUCUUUGUGAAGGGUGAUCAAACCAACUUUGAGAUCGAACCGUCAUUCGGAGUCGAAGCUUCCGAGCUUUACCCCGAUGUGAAAUAUACAACCGUGGAGGAAUAUCUCAGCCGUUUUAUUUGAGAAAGAAAUUGAAUCAUUACUCUGUCAUUAAAUAAUACCAUAAAUAAUUGUAAGUUUCUUGCUAUCAUCACAACAGAAUGUGAA